AUGGAAAAAAUGUCAACCCCUAACCAUCAGAUCUCAAUGUGUGAUAUGAUUUCAAAUGAUUCAUCUCAAAUAAACAAUCAAAUCAUCCACAAACCAUGUAUCAUCCAAAAUAUCUGUGCGAAUAAUCCCGAAAAGGAGAAAACAUUUUCUUCAUUUCUCCAAUGGCAAAAGCACAACGAAGUACUACUAAAUCGAUCAGUUCAGGGACAUCAUCAAUUAAACGUGGUCGAGUAUAACGUACAGCGUGCAAUAAACACUAUAUCCGGUUCUGUGGAUAAAUGCAUGUUAGAUAGUACCAAUAAAAUUGCUGGUACGGCUAGAAACAUAGAUAGAUGGAGAACAUACAUGUUUCAAGUCUUAAAAAACAUGCAAAAUGAAAUCGAUUUACUAAUGUUAAGUAAAAAAAAAAUUCAAAAAGCUCAAACGGCUUUGCGUAUUAUAUGUUCUAUAUCUACUGAAUGCUUAGAACGACGAUCUUUUAGACUGGAAAUGGAUCACACUUUAGAUCCUGGACAAGUGGAACUUCUUAAAGAAAAGGAACUAAUUACCGAAAUAGGAAAUUUAUUUUGUGACACAUUGUGCCAGAUAGAAGUUCAAUUAGAGCGCAACAAACAAAUGAAGAUUCGAUUAGAAAAAAAUUGGAGUGAUAAGUAUCAAUCAUUUAAAAUCGAUACUAUCAAUUUAGGGUUGAAUAUUCAGGCGCCUAUCAUAAUGUCACAUACAAAUGUUAUAAAAGAUUCUGAAAACACUUGUUUAUCAAUACCAGAAUGGGAAACAAUUACUAAAAGUUUAUAUGAAGAAGGUAUGCAAGUUUUAAAUGAAUCAAAACAAUUGAGAUCAAUAGUCGACGAUGUACUCAAGAAAAGCGCAAAUAGAUUGAGAGAUCAAGCUGAUAAAGUUGAUAUUGCUUUAGCGCGCUUCAUAUCCGAUACACAACAAAUUGGUCAAGCAAUAGAAAAUGAUUUAAAACAAGUAGUUCAACGAUUAGGUGAUUCGGAAAAAUUAAUCGGAAACCUCCUUCGCGUUAUAACGAAUAUAGAAAAUGCCAAAAAAACUGCUGAAACAAGGUUACACAAUCGGCUGAAACGUCCAGAGGAUGAAAACGUAAAGGAUAAUGCACAAUUGAGUCUUAUUUUGGAAGUAAAAAACAUAAGUGAACAAUUAAACUCGCUUAAUUAUCAAUUACACUGUGCCAGAACGGGGCAUCUGGGUUUGCAAGAAGCGCGUUCACAACUCGAAAACGAUUCACGUAUCAAAAGAAAAACGCUUUGGAUUGAUAGUAUUAGAUGUCAAAACAUACGAUCGCAUUAUCCUUCUAUGAACAUAUUAAUUGGCCAAUAAAACAUUGUGAUAAUGGAACGCGUAGAAUGAAAAUAAUUUUUUAUGGCCCAUAAAAGUUCAUAAUAUACCAUGAUACAAUUUACUGAUACAAUAUUCACCAUAAAUAACUAUUGGAUA